AUGUCACUUUCCAACCCAUGCCAGGUCCGCCAGAAAACACCCAAAGGGCACAAUCUCCUCGGAAUUGUAGGCCCUGGAGCAGGAUCUCGUGGUGGAACAGGCCAGCACCAGCCCCAGCCCCCACACCUGAAGCAAGUGGGCAGCGGUCGAUCUUUUGGGCCGGCCAUCCACAGUCGAAUGAGCUCCGGGGUCGGGACCUUGACUCGUAGACGCGAUGGUCUUGAUCUGGUCGUGGGGCAACGAUACUACAUAGUCCCCGUACGCCGAGAAAGGGUUGUGAUGGGUGCGGAACUGAUCGACAAGCGAUGGUGUGAGGACCAGCACCAGUUGGGCCCUUGCCGGGCGGCAGGCCGGGGCCCACGUUGGGGCGGGUGGAUCCGAGAAGCCAAAGAAUCCGGUACAGGGCGUCUAGUCGAUCGCUUAUCGUGCAAAAGUCUCGGACCGGGGUUUCCUGCUCCGAGGGGGCUCCCCUGCUUGAAGAAGCUGGCCGAGACCUGGCGCUCUCCGGCGCCCCCAAAUCAUCCCAGCGGCCAUGAUUUCAUCAUUUUCAUGUGGUCGGUGAAGGCAAGGAAGGUUUCGGCACGCUUCAAUGACUCUUGUGGCUGGAAGGCGAUCAGAAAGUAA